AUGGCACAUUCUUUCGUCGCCGUAGUCUCAAACCUGCAGCCCAUCUCAACUUCUUACGCACUAGACUUCGCAUCUCAGCAGCCAAACCCAAGUCUCGUACUAAGCUCGUCACCACUUCCCUCCAGGCCUUCCCCAUCCAACAUGUGCCGUCAAGUCAUCCGCGUUGCCUCGUGCUGGCUCUGUAACUCCAGACUCGAACCCUUUGGCCGAUUCUUCCCUUGCGGCAAUGUGAUCACUGCAGGGAAAAAUGGCUGCGACAUUAUGGAUCUAGAGGAAAACGUCGGCCCUGGGGAUUUGCUGUGUCAUAUGUGCCUUAGGAUCACUGAUGGGGAAAACAAGCUCAACGAGAAACAGAAACUACCUGGGUCCCCCAAGAUGGCUGGAAGAUACUGGAAACUAGGAACAGGAUAA